AUAAUAGUAAUAAUAAUAAUCAUAUUGAAAAAUGCUUAUUAUCUUAUAUAAUACAAUUUACAAUUGUUUGUAAAUAUCUAGAAUGUGGAAAAUGGUUUCAUAUAUGGGAUAAUAUGAAUACAAUUAUUGAAUCAAAAUUUUGUGGUAAUAAUAAUUGUAAAUAUUUUAAUUGUCUUGGAUUUAAAUUUAAUAUGUUAAAUAGUGAUUAUAAUAUAUUGAAUGAAGAGAAAAAUGGAUCGAAUAUAUAUAUUAUGAAAUUACAUUUAAGAGUAACAGUAAAUAUAUAUAAAAUAUUACCCUUAUGUGAUAUUAAUGAUAAUAUUAAUGUAUAUUGUUUACCACGAUGUUCUAUGAAAGCAACCAUAUUGAAUAUUAUUUCAUCAUCAUCAACUAAUGAUCCAAAUAUAAAAAAAUUUGAUUAUAAAAAUUAUUGGUUAGAUAUACAUGGAUAUCUAUUAAAUGAUAUGUCUUUAGAUAAAAUAGUACAAGUCAGAUUAUAUAAAGGUAUAUUUAAUUAUCCACAAGGUGUAUUAUUAAGAGAUAAUAUAUAUAAAUUAAAUAUACCUAUUAGAAAGGAACAUACAAUAUAUAUAUGUAGUCAUCUCAAACAUUUCCAAUUACUCAUAAAAUCUAAAAUGAAUAUUUUAAAACAUUCAGAUACUUUACACUUUCAAAAUAUAUGUAAUCAACUAAUGCAAAAUAAUAUGAACAUAAAAAAAAACGAACAUGUCGAUUUCUACAAAAAGAUUAAUCAUCUAUGUAAUAAUGUCAUAGAAGAUAAUAAGCAAAAUAAUCAAGACCAUUCUCAAAACAACAACAUAAAUAAUAAUAAUAAUAAUGAUAAUAAUAAUGAUAAUAUUUAUAAUAAUAAUAGUUAUAAUAAUAAUAAUAGUUAUAAUAAUGCUUAUCGUACUUAUGGUAAUACCUUAUUCAGUUCUAUGAAAUCCAUAAGUUUAGAUUUUAUCAAGAAGGAAAAAACACAAGACAACGAAACAGAUAAUCAGAAACAGAGCAAGGAAGAACUUAGCAAAAAUAUUGAUUCGUAUUUGAAAGAAUCAGCUAUGAAUUAUAGAAUGAUAAAGAAUGAAAAAAAUACAAAUGCUUCAAAUAAUAAAGAUUCAUCUAAUCAUUCAAAUAAAUCAAAUAUAUCAAAUAAAUCAAAUAAAUCAAAUAAAUCAAAUAAAUCAAAUAAAUCAAAUAAAUCAAAUAUAUCAAAUAUAUCAAAUAAAUCAAAUAUAUCAAAUAAAUCAAAUAUAUCAAAUAAAUCACAUACAUCAAAUAUAUCAAAUAUAUCAAAUAAAUCACAUAUAUCUAAUAAAUCACACAUAUCUAAUAUAUCCAAUAAUUCUAACGAAUCGUUUAAUUCAAUCAAUUCAAACUACUCUGAUGAGUCAUUUAAUUCAAUUAAGUCCAAUAAUUCAAAUAAUCCAGCUCAACAAAAUAUUCACAUAAAAAAUGACAUAAUUUAUAAUAAUGAUGAACAGAAUAAAUCAUACCAAAAAAAUGACGUUGCUAUUAAAACAGAAUAUAAAACGAAUAGUACCGAAAAUUUAAAUAAGUAUUUAAAUGAAGUGUCACAGAAUUAUAAACAUAUAAAUAAUAAUAAAAAUAAUAAAAAUAAUAAUUAUAAUAAUUAUAAUAUUACACAUGAUGAUGAUAAUUAUCUAAUGCAUGAUUUAGACUCAUUUGAAAGAGUUAAUGCUCAUGUAAUUCUUUCUAAAGAAUUUCAAAAUUUUCUUGAUAAUCUAGAUGAAGUUGAAUUAUAUACAAAUGAAAAAUUAAAAAUUAUUGAUUUCAAUGAACGUGAAAAAAAGAGACCACACUUACAUAUUAAAAAUUCUUUUGAAAAUAAUAUUGAAAAGAUUAAUGAAAAUGAUAAUAAUAUAUCCAACAUACAUAUAGAUACAACACUACCUAUGGAUGUACCUGCCCAUAUUGAACAUAAUAAAAAAAUUAAAAAGUAA